AUGUCGCAGCCGGUGGGCACGGUGGUGUGGAGCGGGAACUUCAUCAUCACCGGCGUCGGCUGCACCAGCUCGUACAACGGCAACAACUGGUUCGCGGUCCCGUUCACAACCACCGGAAACCCGAUCAGCACAUCCACCUCGACCAACAGCGGCCUGACGAUCAACGUUGCCGGGACCGCCUCGGUUGCCCUCAGCACGGGGAACUCGUGCGCCGGCGGCAACAGCAACUUCGGUGGGGUCAUGUACUACAUCAGCUGCUUGGGUACGUUCUCCAACGCCAGCUUCACCGCCACCUUUCCGGCAACGAUCAAGAUCGGCACCACCUCCGGCAGCAGCGUCAUGUCAGGCACGCGACUGACCACCUCCACGACGUUCGCCUGGUGGGGUGGCGUUGUCUGGCAGGCGGCCGAUGCCGAACCCGGCAGCGGCGGCGUGGGCGCCCUCGUGGCACCGUACACCGGCACGAUUCCCGCGAUCAUCCAAAGCACGUGCACGCUCGUCACGUCGAACGUCGCGGUCACGCUGCCCACGGUGGGCCUGGGCUCGCUCAGCAGCCCUGGGGCCACAAGCGGCCUGACGCCGUUCACGCUCAGCUGGUCAGGCUGCACGGCCAAUGGCGGGGCGAGUGGCACGGGCUUCACCGCCACCCAGACCUGGAGCUUCUCGACCGGUCCGGUGAACACCUACGUCGCCAAUAGCGCCUCCACGCCUGCCGCCAACGUCUACGUGCAGAUCCUGGAUGCCAACAUGACCGCGAUUGCCAAUGGCGCGCAGCGGAACUUCACCAUCCCGCAAGCCGGCGGAUCGAUCUCCCAGACCUUCUACGCCCGGUACAUCUCAAGCGGCGUCGCAGGGGCCGGCGGCGUUCGCGGCGUGUUGACCUUUGACGUGACUUACAACUGA